UGGCUUCAAUACCUACCUAAUGGAAGCUACAUCUGUAUUUAGCUCAUGAAAAUAAAAAAGCACUUUAUUUGAAUAUAAUAAUAAAUGAACUCAAUCUAAUUUGAUGUAGGAAGUUAUUUUUACUUUAAAAUACACAAUAUAUGAAGUGUGAUGGCCACAACAAGUUAUCAACAUGACGCAGAUGGAAGCAAGUUUAUACCAGCUACUCAACGUCCCGAUGGUACAUGGAGGAAACCGCGGCGGGUUAGAGACGGCUAUGUGCCUCAAGAGGAAGUUCCACUGUAUGAAAGUAAAGGAAAGCAGUUUAAAGCUAGACAGACCACUGGCUUGCCUGUUGGUUUGACUCCAGAAAUCGUGGCUGAAGCGCGGAAACCCAAGAAGGCCGGCGGAACUAUUCAACCGAUCCCAGGAAUGAUUAUCAAUGUGGAAAAGAAGAAAAAGAAAAAGAAGACAGGAGCAGAGGAAGUUGCGGAGAAACUGUCAAAAUGUGGCAUAACAGAACCAACAUUUAACGGCCAAUCAUCACAGCCCUCUUCAGACCCCAAUAAAAAAAUAAAAAAUCUUAGAAAAAAGCUCCGAGACAUUGAAACUCUGGAGGAGAAGAUAAAAUUAGGCACCCUUACCCUCGACAAAGAUCAAAAGGAGAAAUUAUCAAAGAAAAAUGAAAUCAUUCAAGCAAUACAAGAAUUAGAAAAAGCUAGUGUUUAAGAAAAGUCAUAAUAUUACGUUUUAAAUUACUCAAUUUUAAUUAAUUUUCUAAAUGAAAUAUGUGCAUGAAAUUUAUUUGCACUUGUAAAAUAAAAUUAUUUACAAUC